AUGCCUGGAAUCCGAACCCUAGAGCCCGCAAACGUCAAACGACUCUGUCCCGGCGACCAGAAACGCGUCAACAUCGGCAUCAACGGCACGGCGAACGGAACAGCAACCGUUAUCCUCAACUACACCCACUCCAUCCAGCACCAAACCUACCCUCACCCCCUCUCCCUCGGCCUAACAGAAUGGACCUCAGACCUGUCUAGCCUCUCACAACAUGAAAGCCCUGAAUGGUUCGACGACGCCAAAUUCGGCAUCAUGAUCCACUGGGGUCCCUACUCCGUCCCCGGCUGGGGCAACUCGACUCCCUACGAAAGCUACGCCGAGUGGUUCUGGUGGUACACCACGCACCGUGCCGCCGACAAAUCCGACACCUACGACUACCGGCUGCGCACCUUCGGGCCCACCUGGAACUACGACGACUCGUUCCCCUCCUUCACAGCAGCUAACUUCUCCCCGAAAGCCUGGGUCGACCUCAUCUCAGCCUCGGGGGCCAAAUACUUCGUGCUAACAACCAAACACCACGACGGGUUCGCCCUCUUCGACACGCAAAACACCACCAACCGCUCCUCCCUCCACUACGGCCCGCACCGGGACCUCGUGUCAGAACUCUUCACCGCGUCCUCAAUCCACCACCCCACCCUAAAACGCGGCACCUACUUCUCCCUCCCAGAAUGGUUCAAUCCAGACUUCGGGCCCUACGGGUUCGCCGAACUCCCGGGGAACACCUCCACCAGCUGGCCAGGCAUCAUCGCCCGCAACCCCUACACUGGCCUGAAUGAACCCUACACAGGCCGCAUCCCCGUCACGGAUUUCAUCACAGACGUAAUGGUUCCCCAAAUGACCAUUCUAGCUCACAAUUACAGCACAGACAUCAUGUGGUGUGACUGCGGGGCCGCGAACGGGACUGCGUCUUUCGCUAGCGAAUGGUUCAAUUCCGCGCGUGCAGAUAAUCGCCAAGUGGCAAUUAAUUCGCGGUGCGGGGUCGCGGAAGUGUCCGACUUCGAUACGCCCGAGUAUGCGACGUUUAGCUCGGCGCAGUUGCGCAAGUGGGAGAGUAAUAUGGGCAUGGAUCCGUAUAGUUAUGGGUUUAAUCGGGCGACUGCGGAAAGAAGUUAUAUGAAUGCUAGUACGGUGGUCAGGGAUCUGGUGGAUAUGGUGAGUAAGAAUGGGAAUUUUUUGUUGGAUGUUGGGCCGCGCGCGGAUGGGAGUAUUGUCGAGAGGGAGGAGAGGGAGUUGAGGAGGGCUGGGGAGUGGAUUCGAGGACAUGGGGAGGCGGUGUUUGGGACGAGGGUUUGGUGGGUGAGGAGUGAGGCGGUUGGUGUGACAGGUGAUGGUGGGGAUGUCGGGGUGAGGUUUACGCAGACGAAUGAGGCGUUUUAUUUGUUGUUUCUGGGGGAUCCGGGGAAGAAGGUGUUUGUGGAUGCGUCGGUGCCGUUGUUGAGGGGGGAUAGAGUUGUUGUGGUGGGUGGCGAUGGGGAAAGGGAGGUAGAGGUUGAGUGGGAGGGGAGUGCGACGGAGGGAUUUACGUUUAGGGUUCCUGAGGGGGUAUGGGAUGGAGAGGAGUUUUGCUGGGUGUUGAAGAUUGUGUAUCUUGCUUAG